AUGCAGAAACAUGAUAUUGUAUGUUGCACAGGGGUGGGGGAUCAAUUAAUGUGAUGGGAGUUGGAGCUCAUCCCAUGAAACAGGUCCAGGAUGCCCCAGUGUACAUACCACACACAUUUCCUACCCCACGCAUUCCCUACUACACUAGUCGUGGCACAAAGCACUUUUCUCCAAGAUUUUCCAGAUCCAGGACUCCAGUCAGUGAAGGAGGGUUGUGUUUGCCCAACUGGCAGAUUUUGGCAACUUCUUAGACAAACGUGGUGGUACAGCCAGGAUUCACGAAAUUCCACUGCAAGUUCCAAUGGGUGAAGGUGCCAUGGAGACCCUGGAACAUGCUCCGCUGUACGACACAGAGUUUGUGCUCAAUGGUCGAGCAAUCACUGUACUUUGGGGGUGCUGCACUAUGUUCCUAGGGAUCCUGGAGAUUGUGGUGUUGUUGCAGCCUACAUGGAUUGUGGGUGGUGAAGGUAGGGGUACCUUUGGCUUGUAUGAAGUGUGCGAGGAAUUAGAGUGGGGGCCAGAGUGCCAUGGACCCCCAGGACCCCUCCAGGCUCUGCCACCUUUUGAGACAGCAGCUGGAUUUAUGGUUGCGGCAUUAUUGCUGGUCCUGUUGAGCUUUGGCUGCAUUGGACUUCGGUGGUUCUGCCAUUCAGGCACAAUCUUCAAACUGUGUGCUUGGCUCCAACUCACUGCCGCCUUCUGUCAGGCCCUGGCAUGUCUCUUGUUCCCACGUGGGUGGGAUUCUUCACUUCUCCGUCCCAUUUGUGGCUUUCGCUUGGACAGGUACCAGCUGGGCGGCUGCUCCAUUCAUUGGGGCUUUAUUUUGGCUGUACUAGCAACUCUCGACGCAGUUGUGUUAUCCGUAUUGGGCUUCAUAUUGGGGAAACGACAGGAUGCUUUGCACCCCAAUGAAACCAAAACUAUCAAGAAAGAUAUCUCACUGGUCCUUGCCUGACUGCCAAGCGCAUUGAUCCUCACACUGGAUUCUACUGCUGUUUCCUGUAACUGCAAAAUAAACUCUUCUACCCCAACACUGCAGUCUGUGCUUUCAUUUAGACUCUUUGUGUCAGAACCAUGGCAUUUACACAAGGUGGGAGGACACAGCCUGAAGGGUCUGUAAUUAUUGUGCUUGCAAUGCGUGUCAUCUCUGGUCAUCCUGUCAUUUAUUGGCUACUUCCCUUAUAAUAACAACAUAUUAAUUAUCAUAAUAAAUAAUUCAAAAUGAA